CCGAAUAAACUUUGGACAACCUGAGAUCCACUAUAAUAAAAAUACUUUUUAAAGUAUAUAUUUUACAAAAAAUGCCUCAAUACCUUGUCUAACUCACACCCCCACAGAGGGGAAAACAUUUUUAACAUUUAAUUUUCUUGACAAAAUUUGUGCAAAACGAGAUCAUUUGUAAAAACACAACCAGUCGAGAUCCAGAAAUGUAUACAUUGAUGUAAAACGCAAAACAUGAGAUCCGGUAACGUUGCCAGAGUUACGUCUGGCCCGUCUGCGCAAAGAGACCAGUUGCACGUGCAUUUACGUAGUUUUUCAGAGUUUUGGUGUUUUGAGUGGAUAGUCAGUGGUGAUGUAAGCAAAAUUUUUCGACAUCAUGAUAAGUCGUGGAAAAAACUUAGUAUAUUUGGCCAGAAGUGGAAAAUCUAAUGUACCAUUAAACGAAGUGAAACUAGAUGAAUCCGACGAACACUCGGACGAAUAUAAUUAUGAUUAUUUAGAAGACCAAUAUGCAGAAGACCCGUGGUCACAUUUUAAAAAGUGGCAAGCAGCAAAGAAAAUGAAAAUACCAUUGGCUCAAAGAUUGAAUAACUCAUACUGUAAUCAAAAGGACAACCAUAUGGAAAAUGAUAAUCAAAAUUUUGAAGAACGUGUGCUUGAAGAAUUAAGACCACUUGAAACUAGCCCACAACUCUCAACGUUAGACCACAAUCUUCAGGGAAAUGUUCAAACCGGAUCUGAGAAUAGUGUUAAUAGCGUUUUAAAUGAUAUUCAAAAUCAUGAAGACGCUGUUAACCAAUUAACGCCUCUAACUACUACAGAAGCGGUGCAUACAUGUAACGAUCAACUUCUGAAUUCCGCCGAAAAGGAAGAUCAUAAUAGUGAUGACGAAAAUUCGCAUUUGUCGGAGAGUUCCCUAUUUGCAGAUUCAUCAACCGCUUCUAAGGAACGUCAGUCAUCAAAUCCUGUCAAGUGUAUUGAAAGUUCUCUUGACGCGAAAAAUCCACUCCCAACGAGUCCAAAACCAUUACCUACAUCAGACUGUGAUUUAUCGACCUCGCCCUUCAGAGCCCUCGACACUGCGAGUCUCGGCUUCUAA